CGCGCCGCUGGGAAUCCCUCCCUCCCGCCGGCCGAGACAAGCCGCGGUACCGCCGGCCGAGAUGUCGGCUCCCGGGCGUUCCCCGACCCUGCGGCCGCACAGGAUGAAGAAGGACGAGUCCUUCCUGGGCAAGCUGGGCGGCACGCUGGCCAGAAAGAAGAAAGCCAAGGAGGUGAGUGACCUGCAGGAAGAGGGGAAAAAUGCCAUCAAUGCCCCAAUGUCUCCCAGCACCAUUGACAUUCAUCCUGAAGAUACUUUAUUAGAGGAGAAUGAGGAACGCACUAUGAUCGACCCCAACUCCAAAGAAGAUCCCAAGUUCAAGGAACUGAUUAAGGUUCUAAUUGACUGGAUUAAUGAUGUGUUGGUGGAAGAGCGAAUCAUUGUCAAGCAACUUGAAGAGGACCUCUAUGAUGGACAGGUGCUGCAGAAGCUCUUGGAAAAGCUAGCCGACCGCAAGUUGAAUGUGGCGGAGGUGACACAGUCAGAAAUUGGCCAAAAACAGAAGCUUCAAACUGUUCUGGAGACUGUCCAUGAUCUACUUCGACCCCAUGGCUGGACGAUCAAGUGGAAUGUCGACUCGAUCCAUGGCAAGAAUCUCAUUUCCAUCCUCCACCUACUGGUAGCAUUGGCCAUGCACUUCCGGGCACCCAUUCGACUCCCUGAGCAUGUUUCUGUGCAAGUGGUGGUUGUAAGGAAACGGGAAGGCCUUCUCCAGACAGCUCAUGUUACAGAGGAGCUGACAACCACAACAGAGAUGAUGAUGGGAAGAUUUGAACGAGAUGCCUUUGACACUUUGUUUGAUCAUGCUCCGGACAAACUCAACGUAGUGAAAAAGUCUCUGAUCACCUUUGUGAACAAACACCUAAAUAAGCUGAAUUUGGAAGUGACAGAAUUAGAAACGCAGUUUGCAGAUGGUGUUUAUUUGGUAUUGCUUAUGGGCCUCCUGGAAGACUAUUUUGUUCCACUCCACAACUUCUAUUUAACGCCUGAAAGUUCUGAUCAGAAGGUUCAUAAUGUUUCCUUCGCUUUUGAGCUGAUGCAAGAUGGAGGACUCAAGAAACCAAAAGCUCGUCCUGAAGAUGUUGUCAAUCUGGAUCUGAAAUCUACCCUAAGGGUUUUAUACAACCUGUUCACAAAAUACAAGAAUGUGGAGUGAGGUUAGAAGCUGCCAAGAUGCUAACCCUCCUAACUUCCUUAGGAGAAAAAACCAAUAAGGACACCUCCCACACCCCUCUGUGCCUUACACUAUAUUUCAUGCUGCAUGAUGGAAGUUCCUUCUUUUGUUAACAGUCUCUCCAUGUAACGCCUUGCAUGACAUGCAUACUGAAAAUAUUGUCUGUGGUUUUUUUAGGUGGUUUGCUUAUGAAAUAUCAGAAUGUUUACAUCCUUGCUCUGAGAUGCUGUUGGGUCUAUUGUUUGCUAUGAUCAACUCCUGUUCUUGUUUUGAUAAAGUACUGGCUACUUUGAUAGGCAGGGAAUACUUGAAACUCUUUUGAUGAGUCAGUGCCAUAGUGUACCUUCUUAUGAAACCUGCUUGGUUAUUGCACUGGUGUCAACAGGCUGACUAGGCUUGAGUGUUAGAAAUACAAAAGCAGGCCCUUGCAUUCUAAUUUGUGUAGAAAUUGCAUUUUUCCUUAAAUAAGGUUUGUGUAUGCUAUAGCAUGUAUUUGUUUUCAAGGACAUGUUUGAAAGGGUGCAUAAGAAUCUGGCAUUUCUCUACCCUUUGUGUGUUAACCUCAUGCUACGCAGUAUUAUUUUUCACUUGAUGUUUACACACAGUGAGCCUAGAAAUGGGAUGACUGUUUGCUCUGAUGCCUUUUUCCUCUCUCUUCUUUUUGUAUAAAGGAGCUGUUUGGUUACUUAGAGCUGGAGCCAGUCCUUAAACAUGCUUUCUGGAUCAGUUCUGGAAGAGCUGGUCAAGUAGGCUGGAUUGGAUGAAUGCAUCUUGAUAUACUUUUAUUAUAAAUCUUUUCUAGAAUAUAUAGGGGGAAUAACAGCUUGAUAGCUUCAAGGCUGACACUUAUUUACAUGUGGAAAAGUUUUAAGGGCCUCAUCCUGCUCCUAUUGAAGUCCAUGGCAGCUAAAAUUACAGGGCCCAAGGCUUUGAACAGAUCUACAGUACUGAUCUUAAAAAUAAAAUGGAUCAAGGUCACUUUUCAAUAAAGCUUUUCUUUUUUCCUUCCUGAGUUAUACCAGACUACUUGAAAGAGCGUACAUUAGUGUUUAAAUGCAGUGCCUUUCACUGAAUUUGAAACAGUUUAGAGAUGAGAUCAUUGGACUGAAAAUGACAUACGUUUCCUUUCAGUCCUGAUGUGAUUGGAUGGGUUCAUUCAGUUAUGCAGUGCUACCCCUGAAGACACUCUGCUGCUAUUACAAGCUCUGGGCCCAGUCCUUGGUCAAAAGUCACAUUGAUAUCAACAGGAGUUUGGCUUGGGUAAUGACUGCUAGAUUUGAUCCUAAAGAAUAUCCCUCUCCUUUCCCAGGAUACCUUGUACUAGGUGGAUCUUACCUGAUUAUACACCCAUAUAUCUGUUUCUAAUGGUGUGUAAGAUGUAGCUUAACAAAGGUUAUGCUAUAUAAUUCAUGUGAGUGGUAUUUGGGAAGAGCAAUUAAAAGGAAAUUGGGUUAUUGAACCAAAGUAAGUUACCUGUGGGUUACCUAUUUUAUAGCAUUCUUUCCUCACAGUGCCUAGAAGAGAUAACGAACCACUAUAUCAUUGCUUUAUAUUUAUCGCAUUAGUCAUGCUUUAUGGGCUGCUACAUUUUCUGUAAAAUAUUUAACAGAAUAGCCUGUAAAGGAAAAAGAAAGUGUUAUGGGACUCUGGGGGCCCAGAUUCUGUACAGCAGUCAAGACGCCCACCUCUCACAGAUGGAAACCAAAAUCUGUGCUUUCACCAGUGCUGAAUUUAGCCUUCAGAGUUCACGCCCAAGUUCGAGAUACAUGUGUGUCCCUUACUAUGCUAUUUUAACUGUGGUGUAAUUGUACUACAGAGAUGGUCUUCUACAUGUUUUUAACUUUUUUUGUGCUUUUUUUUGGUAUCUCAACUGAGUUCUUUAAAGCAGGGGUCAGUAAUGUUUUGGAGCUGGGAAUCUCUUUAACACCACUUAUCUCCAGCUGUGGGUUGCUUCUAACAAGGCCUGCAGUACUAUAGACACCACUGGUGCCAUCACUGCUCACUGCUUGUCCUACCCCCUGGCUGCUAUGUGGGUCAAACUUUCACCAAAACAUCACAAAUGGCCCCUAACUCUGUAGUUCAGAUAAAAUUAGUCCACUGCUGGCCACAGCUUUAUACUGUGAGAAGAGAAGGCAAAAUAAGCUUGUGGUCUUUUUUUUUGCUUCUUGGUGAUGGAUUAAAAAUGGUCAUUUAUUUCUCUAAGAAAUUCAAGUCAUGUCUGCCCUGGAAAGUUCUAGGUGACUGAAGAACUAUCAUUUGUAUUUGCUUUAGAGGACAUAUGAUCCUUUAAUAGAUGUUUUUAUGCAGUGCCUAGGGCAGUAAGGCCCCAGUUUUAAUUGGGAUCUUUAGAUGCUCCCAUAGGACAAAGUCAUAGUAACUUUAAAGGGGAUUUUAAAAGGGCUAGCAAUAAGUUAGGCCCCACAACACUAGAAGUUGAGCAUCUCUGCUUUUGAAAAGCUGAGCCCUAUGAUAUGACAGAGUCAAAACUGAUCAUCUGAGGGGAGAUGAUUGUUAGAGUCCUUCAGCUUUUUGUUUGGUAUUCUAUAGCUAACUCCAGUGCCUAGUGAAUCCUUGGGAAAUAGGCAGUUGGUGAAAGAUUAAUCAUACCCUCUGUCCUCUUCAGGUGAGUGAGAGUGCCAAAGUUGUAUGUUUUCUGAGAUACUCAAGAAGUCCUUUAUAAAACGUGUUAAUACAACAAGCAAUGGGCAUGAUUGAGGUCUUUGGGAGGAGGGGGAGACCAGGAAUGAAUAAGAGUAAGGGUGGACUGACUUCAUUAUAAAGAAAGGGAGUGACCUUCCUUGUAAAGAAGGAAUGUGGGGCACAAUGUCCAAUUAGUAUACUUUAUAGGUAAGCUAUAAAAGAGGGGCAACAAACUUUGCCCAAGAACCAGCAAUGCUGGCCACCUGCUAUGAGCAUGAGGGCAUGCAGUCCUUUUAUCAGUACCUCUGUGAGUCCAGGUUAGGACCCUUAGUUUGUAUGGCAUGUCUGGUUGAGGCAGAUGGCACAUCCUGUGAAAUUUUUAAAUUUUUCUACCAAUGAAUGUUGCUUGGGGAAAAAUUCUGUGCUGGCUUCCUAUACCUUUUUAUCCUCUGGCUUCCUAACCAGCUGAGAAUCUUCUUGCAGAUACUGUUGCUAGCCAGCAUUGUAGAUGGAAUGCUUUUAGCCUAAGUAGAGCUUCCCCCAAAGCAAGCCAUUUUAAAACAGGAUGUAACCCCAUUUUAGAGCAGGUAUAUAUAAUACUCCCCACCCCCACUAGUAGUUAUUUCAUGCUUAUCUAUCACAUAUAUAACAUGAGUUAUAAUGAGCAAAUAUGUUUUGGUUUUAAAGCUUAAAGAUACUGACACCUCCUUCUUCCCCCUCAGUUGUGUGUUAAAAAAUAUUAUGGAUACUAUUUAAUUUGUGCUAUUGGAUUUCUGUAAUUCUGUCAGAGUAAUGUUGGGUAGGAAAGGCAAUGCAUGUUGCAGCACUCCAGACUGACACAUGCACAACAUUCAAACUUCCACACUUGUACAUGCUCAAUGAAAUGCCCACUUUUACAGUGGAUAUAAUGUGCCUCUAAGGGCAUUUUACACAUGCAGGUGCUGCACCGCUGGGUACUUUGAAAAGCGCCUGGUGCUGCGACGUUCGCAACUGUAUAAGCGGUGAAAUGCAUGUCAGUGCUGAGAAAAUGGUGGUGGCGCGCUUUUGAACUAAAACAUCUUGGAGGUGCUUUAGUUCAAAAACGCACCACCACCAUUUUCUGUGCACUGAUGCGCAUUGUGCUGCUUAUACAACUGUACACGGCACAAUGCAGUGUGUGUCAGCUUGUGUGCAGAGCAGAUUCGAUUAAUUGAGUCUGCUCAGAAGUGGCGGAUCUCUGGCACAUCCCCAAAUGAAAAAGUAUGUGUAUAAAUGCCCUAAAAUUCUAUCCAGAAAAACCUAUUACACUGAUUGUGUUAUAGCUGGCUUGGUAGUUAAGAAGGUGUUUGACUACCCACAGCUGUGUCAGCACACAACAGCAUGGCUGCCUAUACACAUACUCAGGUGGCGGGGGAGGCAUUUUAAUGAGACCAGUUCCUGGACAACUCCUCUAAUUAAAACAGCUCACCAUCACAUGUAUUAAGCCCCUGCAUGUUUCAAAAUGGCUGUGGGACACUUUAUCUAAAGCUCAUUUGACAAGGGUUAGAUAAAGUGCCUCAUGGCCAUUUUGAAAUGGCUUAACACAGGUGACAGUGAGGCAACACUGGAGCAUUCUAAUUAGAAAGCGGAGGAGACUUGGUUAAUUGAGUCUGCUCCAAUGCAUUCUACUUGGAACAGAAAUUAAGUCUAUCUAUAGACACCCCAAAGGCAGAAUUUAUAUCAGUGUAAAGCCUUAUAGAGCUCUUUUCACUCUAAUAGAAACCUACUGCUUUGCAUAUUAAUGUAUUGUAAGGAUCCUACUCUACUGUUUUUUAACAAUGUUUGUUCUGGAUUUCUAGUUACUAAAACAAAAAUCUUUGCAGGUAAAAUAGUGGACUUGUCAUUAGGGCUGUGUGAGGCUUCGGACCAUGCUUCAGAUCUGGAGAAGCUUUGGACACUUAGGUGUCCGAAGCAGCAUGUCCGGAUCGAAGCUCUGGCUUCUUUGGGCUUUCUGAAGCGGUUUGGAGCUUCCGAAGUGCUUCUGAAAAGGUUCAGAGCCGCCUCGGAGAUCUGGCCAUAGGGUAUAAUGAAUAUCUAUAACUUUGUUGUUUAUUGUCUGAUUUGGAUGAAACUUCCAAG